GCCUCCGGACUCGUGGCCGCCUGGCAGGGACCCCAAAACGUUUUCGGGCGCUGUGCUGACAACAUCCUCGCAGGACCAACGAGCGGAUGACAGCCAUCCUUUGAGCCUUAACAGAAGACUUUGAAAAUGUAAACAAAAGCGACGCAGGCGCAGCAGUAUUCUCUCCCGCACUCCUUGAGCAUUUUGGAUAGGAAAGCCGAGCUUCCAGGCUAGCAUCCUCCACGGCUGUCGGUCCUCGGCCGUCGGCAGUCGGCAGUCGGUUUUCCAGCCCACAUCCUGGCCAGGCUCAAAAACAGGCUCGGCCAGGCAGCGCUCACAACGCCAGCAGAGUGCGCAGCGUGAUGUAGUCCAGCUUCAGCUUCAGCUGCAGACCGAGAUUGAGACCGAGACCGAAGCGGAAACAGAGCUCCAGCUUUCGCAGCGGCCACUCAGGGAAACUUUUCCACACUCGAGCACGCACACAGGGACAGGUCGAGUCGGAAAAGCGGAAAAGCCUCAGACAAAUGGCCAGGAAUAGCAGCAGCGGCAGUAGCAGCGAGCGCAGCAGCAGCAGCAGUGGCACAGAACCGAGAAAACCGUGAAAAAAAAGUAUAAAAAAGAAAAACAUAAAAGAGGAGGCGUGAAAAUACCACACAAGAGGCGGGCGUGUGUGAAAAUCUAGGGGAAAAUCACGUCCUGUGGAAAUGGAAAUGCUGAGACUUCGCUUAGCCACGCCAGCAAUAGCAGCGGAAGUAGCAGCAACACCAGCGGAAACGGCAACCUGAAUCCGCGCCCGCGCCCACUUUCUACGCUCUCUCCGUUCCGUGUUAAUUGUUAUUUAUGUAUAGUGUAUAUAUAAAGUUGUGUGAUACAAAUGGAUCGCAGAGAUCCAGCCAGCAAGCAAGUAACUCUUACCUAAACUCAGUCUAAUCAAAAGCGUACAACGACAACAAACGGUUUUGCAAGUGAAACGAUAACACCAAGCCAACCAACCAACCAACCAACCAACCAAACAAACAAACAACCAACAAACCAAACAACCAACAACAUUAUUCCAACGGGUCCAAUGUUGCAGCCAACAACAUGCAGCAAACAACAACAGCAGAGGCAGCAACCAGCAAUCGCAACAACAGCAGUGGGAGGAGCAGCGGUCCAGGAGCUGCUUCGGGAAGCCGCAGCUAAAGAUCAUGGAGCCUUAGCAGCAGCAACUGCAACAGCAACUACUGCAGCAACUGCAACAGCAGCAACAGCGAGCCGCAACACUUGGUGCCACAGCGACAACAUGUUGCCCGUUGGCCGCACCAGCAGCACAACGAUAGACUUCAACAGUCGCCGGCGAAGGGGGCGCCUACGAGGCCACGCCUCCUUUGACCAGGCGGAGAACAAGCAGCAGCAGCAACAGCAGCAGCAACAACAACAGCAACACCAAGCUACAAUACUGGACGAGUGUGUAAAUAUUUUCAAGCGCUUAGUAUUAUUAACAUUAAAAACAAUAUCAGCAACAACAAUAACGAAAGCAAAGACAAGAAGCAGAACGGCGGCGAUAACAGCAACAACACCAGCAACGCCUGCAGCAACUGCAACAUCUCGUGGUGCCUCAGUGGAGCAGCUACUCCACCCAAGCAGCAGCUGUCGCAGCCGCUGCAGAAAUCGCUGCCUCCGCCUGCCGGUCUACAGCAUCCUGCUGCUGUGCUUAACCACCCAGGGAUUGGGACUGGGCGAUGCUGCCAAGCCCAAGUCGGCCAAGCAGCACUUCGGCGGCAGCAGCAACAGCAACAGCCCAAACCAAAACCAAAACCAGAACCACAACGAUGUCCUGGGCGGAGUGGGUGCCCCAUCGCAAACGUCCGGCGAGGACGAGGCCGAGAUCAUGUACCCCUUUCAGUCCGGGGAGCAGAUGUUCGGCCUGGAGGAGGACCAGGAGCAGGACCAAGAGCUCAACCCCAAUGCAGUUCCCGGCUCCGACGAGGAUAAUGCGGCCAAUCAACGUGGUAUCAAUGACACGCACAACGAUAACUCGACCACCACGAAAACGCCACUAUUCCCGAAAGAUCUAUUCACGAAAGAACAGCUUGAGAACGGCGCUGUCAUCCUGCACAUCAUUGGGGUGAUAUAUAUGUUUGUGGCGCUGGCCAUUGUCUGCGAUGAAUUCUUCGUGCCUUCCCUUGACGUAAUCAUUGAAAAGCUCGGCAUCACGGACGAUGUGGCCGGCGCGACGUUUAUGGCGGCGGGUGGCAGUGCCCCCGAGCUCUUCACCAGUGUAAUUGGCGUUUUCGUGUCGUUCGACGACGUGGGCAUUGGUACGAUCGUUGGCUCCGCCGUGUUCAACAUCCUGUUCGUGAUCGGCAUGUGCGCGCUCUUCUCGAAGACGGUCCUGUCGCUCACCUGGUGGCCUUUGUUCCGCGACUGCUCGUUCUACAGCAUCAGUCUGCUGGUGCUGAUCUACUUCUUCCGGGACAAUCGCAUCUUCUGGUGGGAGGCCCUCAUCCUGUUCACCAUCUACAUCGCCUACGUGGCCUUCAUGAAGUGGAACGUCCAGGUGGAGACGUGCGUCAAGAAGAUGAUUACCAAAAACAAGGUGACUCGCGUCAGAAGUACAGAUCAACUUAUGCCAGCAGGUAAUGCGGCCAACUCCUCGGAAACAUCGAUGGCCACCCAGCCGGGCGGCUCCGUAACUUCGCGGGCGGCCAGCGAAACCCGCUCCGGUCCGCACGGAUCGGGCCACGCGGGCGCCACAGGUAAUAGCAGCGGCGGGGGCGGCACCUCGGGUAGUACUCAGACCGGUGCCAAGUUCCGCCACGGCCUGUUACAGCUAAUGAUACACACGAUAGAUCCACUACACGAUGAUGAUGUUCCAGGCAAAGUGGACGAGAAGGCGACGCAGCUCCACGCCAUUGCCUCGCUGAAGGUUUUACUAGAUGCCACCAAACCACAGCGCGGUGGUGCCACCACCUCGGCGGCCAACCACGUCAAGAUCAACCUCAAGGAGACCACGCUCGCCGAUCGUCCCAAUGGGAACAUCGACACCACCCUCGACUCGCCAUCGUUGAGUGGUCGACGUCCUAGCUGGAUUGAGCAGAGGGUCAAAAUUCAGACACGCAAAUUUAGCAUCAAAGCGCCAGAAAUCGAGGAUGAGCCGGAACCGCUGAGCAUGGCCUGGCCGGAUACGGCUCGAAAGCGGCUCACCUACGUCCUGGUGGCCCCGCUCCUGGUGCCCAUGUGGCUCACACUGCCCGACACGCGGACGCCUCGCGGUAAGCGCUUCUUUCCGGUCACCUUCAUCGGCUCCAUCGUGUGGAUAGCGGCCUUCUCCUACCUGAUGGUCUGGUGGGCCAACGUGGCCGGCGACACAGCGCGCAUUCCGCCCGAGGUCAUGGGUCUGACCUUCCUGGCGGCAGGCACUUCCAUUCCGGACUUGAUUACCUCGGUGAUUGUGGCACGCAAGGGAUUCGGCGACAUGGCCGUGUCCAGUUCCGUGGGCAGCAACAUAUUCGACGUGACCGUGGGCCUGCCGAUUCCGUGGCUGCUGUACGGAAUCAUCUACGGGGCACCCGUGGAGGUGAACUCGGUGGGCAUGGUCUGCUCCAUAACCAUCCUGUUUAUGAUGCUGGUGUUCGUGGUGAUGUCGAUCGCCUGCUUCCGCUGGCGCAUGAACAAGGGGUUGGGCUUCACCAUGUUUCUGUUGUAUUUUGUCUUUGUCGCCGUGUCGCUGAUGUUCGAAUACGAUCUGAUCACUUGCCCCUUUUAAGGGCAAGGGCAAAGACAAAAGGUGGCAACAGUUACCGAGUUAGCCGAGCUAUCCGAGCUACCCGAGCUAACCGAGGAGCUAUCAAGGAUAUCCAGAUGCCGCCGAGGACGAGACAAGGACCCUGUCUCUCUCACACACCCAAUUAGCUAAAUUAUAUACAAGCAAAUUAAUUAAUGAUUAACAAAUUAAUUAACAAUGGACUAAAGCUAAAUAAUCGAAUUGUUAAACAGACACAGAUGCAGACAAACACCGCCACACAUUCACUCACAGAUACACACCACCACUCACACACACACACACACACACACAAGAGCGAAAGCGAUAGUGAAAUAACGAAAUCGAAAACUUAACGUUAACAAAUGCGAGUUAGUUAGUGCCAGCGUUUCUUUUUCAAAAGACAUUUACUUUAAAGUGUUUAGCGCAGCUUUUUAACGCAAGCAGCCCCCCCUACACCCUUCACCCUAAACUCCUACCCCUAACUCUUUAAAUCUAUCGUAUCUAUCUACGAAAUACUAACAAACUAGAAAGAAGGAAACACGACAAUGGCUUCCCAACCACUUAAUAACUAUCUACCUAACGUUUGGGUUUUAACUACAAGCAUAAGAAACCAGCAAAAGUAUGUAUCUACAAAAUAUAUAUGAUUAUCUCGGCACAAGGCACCCUAUCUAUAUACGGUACGAUACGAUACGAUACGAUACGAUAAAGGAAAGCAGCAUCCAACCAAGCCACGAUCAGUGCUAAAGUUUUGUGUUGAGCUUCUUCGGUUCGAUCGAUCGAUCGAUCGAUAUCGAUCGGGCAGAAGCCUUUCAUUUGCGUGCUGUACUAAGAUUUCUCCUAAAAGCUUUAUCCAGAGCCUAUCUAAACUCUAUCUAGUUUACGACUUAUAUACAUAAUACUUAUAUACCCACUCACACGCACACUUACAUGGCAUACUAUAUAUUGACCUGUAUUGAUUAAGUGAUAAUUUGCGUACUUAUUGAACAAGCAAGCGAACAAAUCGAAAAACUCUCAAAGUAAGCUACAAUUAUACUCGAAUACUUCAAAACAAAAUCGAAUCGAAGCGAAGCGAAGCGAAUGUAGGGCAUACUUUAAACAUUUUGCUAAAGCAUUUGCCGUGCAUGCAGACCAGAGCAUUAUGUUUAUCGAUUCCAGUCCGAUGCUAAUUCUAAUUCUAGUUAUGAUUAUGAUUCUAGUUCUGAUCCCGUUUCUAGUCCUAAUUCCUAUUCUGAUUCAUGUUGGCGUGUUUAGCAGGAGCAGAGUUUAAAUUUAACUUUAAAUUGAAGCCAUAUUUAUUAUAGACUAUUUCAAAUCCAAAAACAAAAACUAAGCCUACAAAAAUCCAAAAAAAAAAAACUAAUUUCAUAUACUUUUUGCUUAAUGAAGUCCCCCAAGUACAUAUAUAUGAGCAUAUUAACGUAUUUAUAUAUAAACGACAUAUAAGACGAUAUUUAACGAAAUAUGAAACCAAAUCAACUUGCUCUCUUUAUUUAGAAAGUACGUAACAUUUUUCUAAACUAAAACCCUAAACUCGUAAUACCAAGUGGCCGCAAAAACCGAAGAAAUGCAAAUGCAAAUGCAAAUGGAAAAGAAACCCAAAUAAUUUAACAUAAAACGCAUACAUAUAUACACCUAAAUA